UAUGCUCCAUCCAUUCACUCUUCAUCAGUUCAUUCUCUUCCACAUCUCAGAUACCCACGAUAGAUAUCACGCAGUAAAGUCUUCAUUUCUAAUCCUUCUAUUACCCUCGUCAAAAUGAGCGCCGCCCAAACCAACCCGUCAGGUCGCGUGAACCCAUUUCAAGACUCCCGCCAUCUCGAUCUCCUCCAUUACAUCUACAAGCGCCCCGACAUCGACGAGAUCCGCGGCAACCCAUCCAAAGUCCUCGCCGCCAUCGAUGAAUUCGACACCAAAGUGAAAUCACUUCCGAACGUGGGCCCCCAGAAAGGCAAAUACGUUACCGAUGUCAUCGCGGAUCUCAAGCCCGAAUUCAUGGUCGAGCUAGGCAGUUAUGUCGGAUACUCUGCUGUCUUGUUCGCAGACGCCGUCCGUCGCGCCGGUGGAAAGCGCUAUAUCGGUCUAGAGAAAAGUCCCGAAUUCGCAGCCGUCACGAACAUGAUUGUCGAAUUGGCUGGGCUGCGCGAUUUCGUGACUAUUAUCGUUGGAUCGAGCUCGAAGACGCUCCAGAAGUGGGCGACGACUGGAGAAAUCAAGCAGAUUCCAUUGCUAUUUCUCGAUCACUUUAAGCCGCUUUAUACGGUGGAUCUGAAGCUAUGCGAGCAUUAUGGUCUUGUGGCGCCCGGAUCGGUGCUCACGGCUGACAACGUGAUUAGCCCUGGCGCGCCGCAGUAUCUGGCUUAUGUGCGGAGCAGCGUCGAGGAGAAGAGGAAGGCGGCCAAGGAGGUUGAGCAGAAGGCUCAGAAGGAGGAGUUUGAGUUUGCUGGAAAUCCGAACUUGGUAUAUGAGACCAAGUUGCUGGAGGCGACCUUGCAUGAUGGGAGAUCGGAUGGUAUCGAAGUCUCCAAGGCUGUCCGCGAGGAGAAGGCCUGAUGGCGCCUAGGAACUGUUUAAUGUUGUGGCAUGUGUAUAUCUGCACAUCCUCGUUACGAUGUCGGCAUGGUUGACUAUAGCUAGAUAGAGUACUUUUUCUGUCGGUAAAUAGCAGAAGUACUGCCUAUCUCUUUUAGUGCCUGCCAAAGUACUUUCCAUAGAUCGGUUAAUUUAACGGCUUGUUGAACGCAAACUGUGUGGAAUCUCUUGUUACGCCAGCAUGUUAUCGCCACUAGUAGUCGUGUCUUGGCCCCAAUGACAAUAUCCAUUGUAAUAGUAGACGUACUAAGG